AUGAACCUGUCGCUCUCGGACGACGAGGCUAACUGGACGCUGGGCAAUUCCUCGUCCAACUUGACCUACCUCGAUCUUCCUCCUCCCAGGAACUACUGGGCCCUAGUUCUCAUCCUCUUUCCCUUCCUCACCCUCUUCGGCAACGUGCUCGUCAUUGCCGCUGUCUUCCGCGAGCGAUCCCUCCAGUCGGCCACUAACUACUUCAUCGUCAGCCUGGCCAUCGCAGACCUCCUGGUCGCAGUUCUCGUCAUGCCGUUCGCCGUUUAUGUCCUGGUGAGUACCUUGAUCAAGUACCUUAGGCCAUCCUGUCAUCCACCUCUUCCUGUCCAAAAGCCCGACAAAGUCUGUAGUAAACUACGAUAA